UAUCUCUGUAGCUCCAACUCCCCCUCUCUCUCUCUCACACUCUCACAAAGCCAUGGCGUUUCGGGCUCGAAACCCUAGCCUUCUCUCUCUGUUCCUUCUCUCUCUCCUCGCGAUCGCCUCCGCCAAAGUUUUCUUCGAAGAACGCUUUGACGAUGGAUGGGAAAGUCGGUGGGUUAAAUCUGAUUGGAAGAAAGAUGAAAAUGUGGCUGGGGAAUGGAACUUCACCGCGGGUAAAUGGCAUGGAGACCCUAAUGAUAAAGGUAUCCAGACAAGUGAAGACUACAGAUUCUACGCUAUUUCAGCUGAGUUCCCUGAAUUCAGCAACAAGGAUAAGACACUAGUCUUCCAGUUUUCUGUCAAGCAUGAGCAGAAACUUGACUGUGGUGGUGGCUACAUGAAAUUACUCAGUGGUGAAACUGAUCAGAAGAAAUUUGGUGGUGAUACCCCUUACAGUAUCAUGUUUGGACCAGAUAUCUGUGGCUACACCACUAAGAAAGUCCAUGCUAUUCUCCACUACAAUGAAACAAAUCACUUGAUCAAGAAGGAUGUUCCAUGUGAGACUGAUCAACUCACUCAUGUCUAUACAUUCAUUCUCAAGCCAGAUGCCUCAUACAGCAUCCUAAUUGACAAUGUCGAGAAGCAAUCUGGGAGUGUCUACAGCGACUGGAGUAUCCUUCCUCCCAAGAAAAUCAAGGAUCCUGAGGCCAAGAAACCAGAAGAUUGGGAUGACAAAGAGUACAUUCCUGAUCCUGAAGACAAGAAGCCAGAGGGCUAUGAUGACAUCCCCAAGGAAAUUCCUGAUGCUGAUGCCAAGAAGCCUGAGGACUGGGAUGACGAGGAAGAUGGUGAGUGGACUGCCCCAACCAUCCCCAACCCUGAGUACAAGGGCGAAUGGAAGCCAAAGAAAAUUAAGAACCCCAACUACAGCGGCAAGUGGAAGGCACCGUUGAUUGACAACCCAGAGUUCAAGGAUGACCCAGAUCUCCAUGUCUACCCCAAUUUGAAGUAUGUCGGCAUUGAACUGUGGCAGGUGAAAUCCGGUACCUUGUUUGACAAUGUCUUGAUUACUGAUGAUCCGGAAUAUGCCAAGCAGCUGGCAGAAGAAACGUGGGCCAAGCACAAGGAUGCUGAGAAGGCAGCAUUUGACGAAGCAGAGAAGAAGAGAGAGGAGGAGGAAUCAAAGGAUGAUCCAGUUGAUUCUGAUGCCGAGGAGGAAGAUGAUGCCGAUGAUGACUCAGCAGAAGAUUCCGACUCUGAAGCCAAAAUAGAUGAAAGCAUAGACGAUGCUGAAACCAAGGAAGAUGAGAAACAUGAUGAACUGUAAGGGAGAGAGAGAACCUGAGGUUCUGGAGAUAAGUUGGCCGCGAAGCUCUCCUAAAAUUUUUCCUUUUUUCUAUUUGUAGUAUUAGAAGUUUUUCUUAGAAACCGUUGAAGGCUUUCAUGCAGAACUCUGCGUGAUUGAUUGCUUUAAUGUCUUUUCAAACUGUUUGAGCCAUUAGAACAAAGAGGAUAUUGUAUCUGUUCGAUAUCAUCACAAUUAUGAAGUAACCUAGACAUUAGAGCUUGCUUUUAAUGGCAAAAAAAUGCCCCAGUGGAUUUUGGCUUC